ACCAAGGUCAACGAAUCGAUUCAAGACACUAGAGACUCGCAUGAAAGCCUGACGGAAGAGACUGUCGAGACGGAUGUUAAAACUGCAGACAUGUCAGUAGAGCUGUCAUCUAUGGACGAAAGGCAAGAGGUCAGACAGCUUGAUGCAUCAGAGACUAGUACGGUAAAUAGCCUUAACCACGAGCGCAACGCUGACCCCGAGCGUGGACCAACGGAAAGAAGCUCUGACGACCCGACACACAGCGGGGAUGAAGGUCGCGAGAGCGAAGUUUCGAGAUUUGGGGUCCGUACUCGGGGUGCACCAGGCGGUCACCUGAAGAAGAGGCUUCCAUUUUCAAGAACCACACUGAUGAUGCUGGUCCUGACCGGAGUUACUAUCGUCUGCUGCGUCCCCAACAUCGCAGUGUCUGUGUCCGAUGUGGAAGGAAGUCAACCUUCACCUGAGCGCAUGGACUCUGAAUAUGCGGUUCCUCUGUAUAGUCUUUCCCAGCGUCAACAGUGUCAUCAACCCUUUCAUCUACAGCUUUUGUAAUCCAAACUUUCGUCUACAGUGUCGUCAGUUUCUCGUCAAGUCACACAGAUUAAUCCGUGGGAGAAUGUCAAAGUGGUUUUAA